AUGGCGGGAGGACGCAAAGCCAAGCCCGCGCCGCCAAAGGCUCCGGCAACGACCCUCGUGCUCGACAAUGGCGCCGACACCAUCAAGGCCGGUCUCGUACGCGACGGAAAGAUUGACGAGCCUCGCAUCAUCCCAAACUACAUCGCCCGCGACCGCGCGAGAAAGAUCUACGUCGCCUCCGAGAUUGAAAAAUGUCGGGACUUUGGGGAGAUUCAGUUUCGGAGACCGGUUGAGAAGGGGUUUAUUGUGAAUUGGGAGGCGCAAAAAGAGAUUUGGGAUCGGGAGCUGUUCGAGAAUGCGACGACAAAGAUUGACCCGGCCGAGACGAGGCUGAUACUUGCUGAGCCGCCGAAUGGAUUACCGAUACUACAAACAAAUUGUGAUCAGAUUGUUUUUGAGGAAUACGGGUUCACAAGCUAUUACCGUGGAAUAGGCCCAACCUUCAAUGCAUACCACGACAUCCAGAGCAUCUUUCGCACACCCCAAGAGAACCCAACCGUCGCAAACACUCCUGCCGAAGCCGUCAUGGUCAUCGAUUCCGGAUAUUCGCAUACAACCGUCACACCACUCCUCCAAGGCCGGCCCUUGCAGUCAGCCAUCAAGAGACUGGACGUCGGUGGAAAGGUCCUCACCAACUACCUGACGCGCCUGAUCUCGCUCCGACAUUUCGACAUGCGAAACGAUACCUAUAUCGUCAACGAGAUGAAGGAGCUCUCCUGCUAUGUUUCGGCAGACUUUAAGGCGGACUUGGAAAAGUCAUGGAAGGGUACUCGAGGAGACAGAAGGCCGGAUUACCUCACGGGAGGUGGCAUUGCCAAGGACUAUAUCCUUCCCGACUUUCAUACUCGAUCUAAGGGUAUCCUCUGCGACUACGAACCUUCACGACACUCGAGAGCGAAAAAGGUUGCAGCACAAUCGGAGGAGGACGCCUUGACGCUUCGCAACGAGAGGUUCACCGUUCCCGAACUCCUGUUCAGUCCAUCUGAUGCCGGGAUUAGGCAGCCCGGCCUGGCGGACCUAGUUCAGGAGUCAUUGAACGAACUUCCCAUUGGACUCUGGCCGAGUCUUCUUGCGAACAUCAUCGUCGUGGGAGGGAACACGCAUCUCGACGGCUUCAUCCAACGACUGCAGAAGGAGGUUGUUCAGCUGGUGCCCGACGAUUGCAUAGUGCGUGUCGCAAGGCCUGCGGAUCCCAUCACUAAUACUUGGUAUGGCGGCGCAAAUCUAGCAAAUCAUCCUCACAUCAACAAGCUGGCCGUGACCAAAAAGGAGUACGAGGAGCACGGUGCAGCAUGGGUUGCCCGCAAGUUUGCGACUGGUCUAGGAACUUGA